AUGUCGGACUCCAAGAAAAGAUUCAACAUCAAACCCUUUCGAACACACGUUCCGAUGGAUCGCAACGCGGCGCAGCAGAUUUGGGAGAUAUUGGCCAAUGCGAUUGACGAAAUCUACAACCGCAAUGCGUCUCAGUUGUCGUUUGAAGAGUUGUAUCGAAAUGCCUACAAUUUGGUUCUACACAAACAUGGGACUCUGCUCUACGAUGGUGUCACGGAAAAGCUCAGCUCGCAUCUUUUGAAUACUGUCAACCGCUUGGCCGAUAUUGAAGAAACCAAGCUACUGGAUGAAAUGGCGUCCACUUGGUCGGAGCAUCAGAUCACCAUGGUCAUGAUUCACGACAUUUUGAUGUACAUGGAUCGCACGUAUGUGCAGCAACAACGCCGCCGCCCGGUCUAUCCUCUUGGAUUGCAUCUCUUUCGCAUCACUGUCUGGGAACACCCACGAAUCAAGGACCGUGUCACACAACUUUUGCUCGAUGCCAUUGCCGCGGAGCGUGCCGGAUUGUUGACGGACGAUCGAUCCCUUUUGAAAGCCAGCAUCAACAUGCUCUUGGAAUUGGGACGAGCUGAUUUCUCCAAUGUCUACGAACGGGAUUUUGACCGCCUCUUUUUGGGCACCACCCAGGAAUUCUACCGCAAUGAAUCACUCAGCUAUUUGAGUCAAAAUUCGGCAACCGCCUACGUCUCGAAAGCCAUUAAGCGAUUGGAAGAAGAGCGAGAGCGCAGUGCCGCAUUGGCGCUUCCGGCCACGACAGAAGCUCCGCUACAAAAUAUUGUGGAAACCGAAUUGAUUGAGCGUCAUGCCCGCACAUUGGUCGACAUGGAAAAUUCGGGAUUUGCGGCCUUGCUAAAAGAUGACACCAAAUUGGAAGAAAUGCGGGAGAUGUAUGAUCUUUUCAUCCGUGUCCCUUCGUCAGUCGAUAACCUGCGCGAUGCUCUGGCAGAACGGAUCAAAGCGGAUGGGAAAAAAUUGAUUGAGGACCAGCAAAAAGGCUCCAGCGACCCACCUGCCUUUGUUCGAGGUGUCUUGGCCAUGCGUGAACGAUAUGAACGUAUUGUUUCGGUCAGUUUCCGCGGGGAAAAGAAGACACAAAAGCGAAUGCGCGAAGCAUUCGAAGACUUUUUAAAUGUUGAUGCUCGGGCUUCGUCCUGCUUGGCUGUUUACGUGGACGAAUUGCUCCGAACGGGGCUCCGUGGUGCCACUGAAGAGCAAGUGACGGAACAGUUGCAGAAGGUCAUUAUCGUUUUCCGGUACCUUUCCGAUAAAGAUGUCUUCGAAAGCUUUUACAAGCAACACCUUGCAAAACGUUUGUUGGGAAAUCGCAGUGUCAGUGACGACGCUGAGCGAGCCAUGGUCAGUCAGUUGAAGGCCGAAUGCGGCUACCAAUUCACCAGCAAAUUGGAGGGAAUGUUCAAUGACAUGCGUAUUUCCAGAGACAUGCGCGACACAUACAAGAAUUACCGUCGCUCACAGAGUCAGCAACAAGGAAAGCUGGACAUGGAAGUGGAUGUCUUGACUAAUGGAUAUUGGCCGUCGCAAAACGUCCCCCCUUGCACUCUUCCCCAGUUAGUGCAAGACGCCAUCAAGAAUUUUGAGACAUUCUAUCUUGAGAAACACACUGGUCGAAAACUGUCGUGGCAGACUUCUGCGGGUGCUGCGGAACUGAAAGGUGUGUUUGGUAAAGGUCCCAACAAAUACAAUCGUCACGAGCUCUGUGUCUCGACGUACCAGAUGUGCAUCCUCCUCCUCUUCAACACUGAAGACACCCUCACCCUCGGACAAAUCCGGACCCGAACUCACAUUCCCGAUAUGGAAUUGAGACGCCAUUUGAUUUCUUUGUGCACACCAAAGCAUCGAGUCUUGCGCAAGGGUUCCAAAGGCCGGGGCAUUACGUCAGACGACGACACCUUCUCGUUCAAUGAGGAUUUCUCGAGUAAACUGAAGCGCGUGAGAAUUCCGUUGGUGAAGGAGUCCUCAGUCGUUCGUGCGGAUGCCGCAGGAGGAAAUCCUGCUGUCGCUGGAGUUGCCGUGGCAGCUGCCGCAGCCGCCAACUCGGGCAUUGAUGGAUCUAUUCCGUUGCCGGUGGAGGAAGAUCGCCGCCAUUUGGUAGAGGCCGCUAUUGUGAGAAUAAUGAAGGCCCGAAAAACUCUACACCACAACGACUUGAUUGCUGAGGUGACCAAACAACUUUCUGUCCGAUUCAACCCCUCGCCUCAGUUCAUCAAGAAGCGAAUCGAGAGUCUGAUCGAGCGUGAGUAUCUUGAACGCUCCAAUGAUGACCGCCGAGUCUACAACUACUGUGCUUAA